AUGUUCUUAACAGCGUUGAAAGUUCGUUUACCAUUAGGUAUUACGAGUAGACUACUUCAAUCAUCUGUUCGUUCAAUAAGUAAUACAACAACAAGCUCGCCUUCGGAGGGACGAUCGCAAAAUGAGGUUAAUACUGGAAUACUUCUACUUAACAUGGGUGGACCUGAAACCAUCGAUGAUGUCUAUGAUUUUCUGAACCGCCUCUUCUCCGAUAAAGAUAUUAUUCCGUUGCCUGCCCAAAAAACACUAGGACCCUGGAUUGCUCGUCGUCGAACGCCGAGCAUCCAAGAACAGUACGGUAAGAUUGGUGGCGGAUCACCAAUAAAAAUGUGGACAGAAAAACAAGGGCAAGGUAUGGUUAAACUUCUCGAUCAGCUGUCUCCAUCCACAGCUCCGCAUAAGUAUUACAUUGGUUUUCGUUAUGUUAAACCAUUGACGGAGAUGGCGCUCGAUGAAAUAGAAAAAGAUCGUCCAAAACGUGUUAUUGCAUUUACACAAUAUCCUCAAUAUAGUUGUUCAACAACGGGUAGUAGUUUAAAUGCAAUAGCGAGAUACUAUGCAACGAAAGAGAAGAGAUUAAGAUUGGAAAAAGCGAAUAAGAUUUCGUAUUUUGACGAACCCAAUGAUGCCCAACCUGUGGAAGAUCUGAAAUGGAGUGUAAUUGAUCGUUGGCAAACACACCCAGGUUUUAUUCAAGCAUUUGUAGAGAAUAUUCGUGAUGAGUUGAAAAAAUUUCCUGCGCACGUUCGAAAUAACGUAGUGAUUUUAUUUUCAGCACAUUCGUUACCAAUGAAAGUAGUUAACCGCGGUGAUCCAUAUCCAGCUGAAGUUGCAGCUACUGUUCAAGCGGUUAUGGAAUCAUUAAACUUCUCAAACCCCUACCGAUUGGUCUGGCAAUCAAAAGUUGGACCUAGUGCUUGGCUUGGUUGUGCCACUGAUGAUGCUAUUACAGGUUUAGCUAAAAAUAACCGACGUCAUAUACUUCUUGUACCUAUCGCAUUCACAAGUGACCAUAUCGAAACAUUACAUGAACUCGACAUUGAAUAUAGUCAACAUCUUGCAGCAAACGCUGGUGUAGAAAUGAUUCGUCGCUGUGCAUCGUUAAACGAUAGUCCUCUUUUUAUCAAAGCCAUGGCAGAUAUUGUACUGAAACACAUGGAAAGUCAACGUCAUCAUACGACUCAGCUAUCUCUUCGUUGUCCCGGUUGUGUCAAUAGCUCAUGCGAACAAAUGCGCAGAUUUUUUUGUUCAUCUACAUCGAAAUCAUCAGCUAAAUGA